AUGGACGUACCUGUAAUGGAGAAGGCCAGGCGGAGCUUGGCUGCAAAGCCUCCUCACUCUCAGGCCCCAGUAUAUCAUACCGAGGGCCCCCCGAGCCCCCGUGUUCCUUCCAAGAAUCGCUCAACUUCUCAGCCCGGUCGCCCUCGGCAUCCGUCGCUUUCCCGCGUCAAGGGCAGAAUCAACAUGUAUACGCCGCCUCGGAUGAGCCCUGACCGAUCAUGGCUGCAGGACCAGUCACCGGUGCGUGGGGGAGCCAGCACACCACCUCAGUGCCACAAAACACCAGAGAAAGGUACUCCCAUAUUGGUGAACCCUACUUCGACUCUCCUGCAAGAUAUGUUGAAGGAACAACGCGCGCAUCGCGGUUCACGAGGACCCGAAUCCGAAGUCGGGGAUGACAAUGCCCCGCGAACUCCUGAAAGGCCCCGCACACAGGGAGACAACAAUUCCACAGCCUCGGAAAAGGCGCGGAAAGUCAGCGACACCUUCUCCGCCGGACUGCGAAAGCCCAAGGAGAUGGGGAUGCGAGAGAUGGACCAGUACGUUUCCAAAAUGAAUAAGCUCAAUUUCGAUCUCAAGUUGGAAGUUUUCCACCGCACACAGCAGAUGGGGAAUCUAGAGAAAAAAUUGGAGCGGAUGAAGUCGAUGGAGGAGGAGUUGAGUCGGAUGCACAAGCUCGAGGAGGAAGUAGAGGAGCUUCGCGAGGCUGAAAAGGAUAAUCGGCGUCUGCGGGAGUCAAAUGAGGAACUUCGUCAGGAACUGGACAGGCGAGACCAAGCGGUCACCGAGGCUGUCCAAUUCAUAUGUCAGCUGGAAUCUAAAAUCGAGCAGCUUGAGCUCGGCGGACGGACUUCACAGAUGUCUCCGAGUCGGCUCGUGCUCGAUGGCCCUAAUCCCUCGACGCCCAAGGCUCAGGCCCAGGCUACUUUUGAGAUCCCCGAACGAACCUCCUCGAGAGGCGGCACUUUGAAAUCUCGCCUUGCUAGGCCGGAAUCGUCGGACUUGCGGCAGCUCCCCAAGGCGCCUUCCUUUUUGCGUGAUGAAAAUCAGAGUACUGCCGCGCUGCGCAGUCUCUAUAUCCCGGAUAACGACAAGUCACACUCGGCUCUGAGUGAUUUGACCAAGUCGGGGAGCUUCCACACGAUGAACGACGCCACAGAACCAGGAUCUCCUCGAUUAAGCGUGCUUAGUGAGGCCAGUGAGCUGAACCCGGUUGAUACGCCCUCGAAAUGGCAGGAUUACGACAAGCUCGAUAUCCCUGUCCGCAAAGCGGUCUCCAUCACGAGCAGUCUGGACAGCUACGUUACCCAAACUAGGCCAGCGGAGAACAAAGAGGACCAUGUCGACAGCUGGAUGCAGUCGCAGACUAUCAUCCAGCGAAGACAGAAGCGGGCCAUGACCGAUGCCUCGAAUGCAGCAAUUCCAACUUUCGGUGGCGACUUGUUCACGAGCAAACCCCGGGGUCGCCCACGUCUCGAUACCUCGAUUUUCGGAGGUGCAAGGCUUCCUCCUACUCCGGAUACUAUGAGCACUGCAUAUGCAGCCGUUAACAAUGGAUCAAACGGAAGCAUCGCAGCGCCGAAGAGCCCCCCACAGAAUCGUAAUCAGCUAUUUAGCGGUCCACGGCUGGAACGCCACCGUUCUGCUGAUGAACUCACAACCCGUCGCAGCAGAGCUGGUAGCGACGUCACAGAUAGCAUGCAGACCAACUGCAGUGAUACUACUCGGUUUGGUGAGAGGAAUUCUGAGUCACCCGUGAUCUAUCCGUUCAACACGGUAGCUCCCAAAGCCAGCGAGCUUCUUGGGCCUGGAAGCCCUAACAACCCUGCCCUUGAAUCCUUUACCGAUCUCCUCCACCAAAACAGCGUGGACGAGGCAGUUCCUCCACCAAUCAUCAAAAAAUUUCCCGCAAAUGCUCGCGUUUCUCAGCAAAAGUCGAUGGAGUUUGACUCUUCCCCACCAUUGACACCACAGGACUGGCUUGCAGCCGCAAAGCAGACUCCCCGGUCUCGAAAGGAGAGAGCCCAUGCAUUUCGGAUUGAGCGGCAGCAAGAUGAACCAGCUCGCCAUGUGAUCAGCCAGGCUGCAUUCCACGACAAUGACAGCGUUGACUCCUUCGCCGUCGAGCCUGAAGUCCCCGGUAUCCCAACUCUCAAUAUGGAAGCCCUCGAAAUUCUUGAGAACUCUGCCCCGGGGCAACUUGCUUCUAUUCCGGAGCCCGUGGAACCUGGUCCGGAGCCACGCCGACGCUUCAGCUUCCGCCCUACCUUCCUCAGUCGCUCGAAUGGUCCUCGUCGUCUUCAGUCUUCGCCAAGGAUGCCAGACUUCGCGGAUGAUGAAGAUGGUGCGCCAUCCCCCAUUAUCCCGAAAACUAGGAACCCGGGUGGUGGAUCCCAUCGCCCUGUGUCGCAGAUCAUCGCGAACUCGGCAGACUUCUAUUCCAACAUUCCUACCACAUGCGGGGAUUUCGAAGACAACCCCCCACCAAGAGCGUUCCACCAAUCUCUCAUGGCAGCCCGCGAAGCAAGCCUUCCAACCCAUUCCGCCACAGUCUCAGACCGCCCACCAACAUCCCACAGUAUGGAACACAAACGCCGUAGCUCGCUAGGAAUUUUCGGCUGGAUGAAGCACGGCGGCAAACGCUCAGAGCCUUCAAUCCCUGUUGUUGAUGAGGCAUUCACAGUCGUCGCACAGAAAGAGAACCGGAAUUUCACGCGCCUCACGAAGGAGCCUCCCCAGUUCUCUAUGCCUCGUGCUUCUACCCCGGACUCCAUGGAUACACCCACUGCACGGCCUCGCUCGAUGACGACUGUGGAUUCUGAUGAUACUGCUCGGCGGCCUAGGUACAUGGGUCGUCGGUCUCGGAGAGGCUGA